CUGGUCAUGUGACCGCCGCCUUGUGUCCCGGUCCUCUCGCUCUCUUCCCGGCUGGAAACGCCACAUCUGACCGGGAGGGAGAGGCAGAUACCGCCACAGGGGAGUGUGAUCACCGAGCCUCAAGAUGCUGGCGCUAAUAAACCGGCUUUUGGACUGGUUCAAGUCUCUCUUUUGGAAGGAGGAAAUGGAGCUGACGUUGGUCGGCCUGCAGUACUCUGGGAAAACAACAUUUGUAAACGUGAUUGCUUCUGGGCAUUUCAGUGAAGAUAUGAUCCCUACAGUCGGGUUCAACAUGAGGAAGGUCUCCAAAGGAAAUGUCACCAUCAAGAUCUGGGAUAUAGGAGGGCAGCCAAGGUUCAGGAGCAUGUGGGAGCGGUACUGUCGGGGAGUUAAUGCAAUCGUGUACAUGGUUGACGCAGCAGAUCGAGACAAGGUGGAAGCAUCUAGAAAUGAGCUUCAUAAUUUAUUAGACAAACCUCAGUUGCAAGGGAUUCCUGUUUUGGUACUCGGUAACAAAAGGGAUCUCCCCAGUGCUCUAGAUGAAAAGCAGCUCAUUGAGAAAAUGAAUCUAGCCGCUAUUCAGGACAGAGAGAUUUGCUGCUAUUCAAUUUCCUGCAAAGAGAAAGACAACAUUGAUAUCACACUUCAGUGGCUCAUCCAGCAUUCAAAAUCCCGCAGGAGCUGAAAAUCCCGGAGUUAUUGUCGAGCUGUAUUUGCCAUAUUACUGUCGUGUCACACUUUACCACUCUGCAAUGAUGUACAGUUGCACCUUCAUCUCAUGUGCUGCACUGUUCUGCUUGUGUCAUACCUUUUUUUUUUUUUUUUUUCCUCCCCCUCCCUCCUUAAAACCCCUCUGUGAGUCUUUCACAAACCCAGACAAUGCACUAUAUAAAAGCCGUUUGUACUGGAUUCAAGAAUGGUAAUUGGCAUUAUAUGUCUCAUGAAGUUAUACUUCUGAUCUACAUUUUACACUGCUGGCAUUACUCUGUUAAUCAUACCCAGUAGUUUGUACAUUAACAUUAUGUUGGAUGUAUUACAAUAUUCUGUUUGGAGGAAGGUGUUUUUAUUUUUUUACCCACCCCCCCUCUGUUAAACAGGCCUCACAUAAUGAGACAGGUUGCUCACACAGUUGAUGCCGGGUGAUGGUUGAUAUAGACAAGAAGACUUUCCUGACUCUGUCAAGCUCUGCGGUCAUCUUUGAUGACCAUCACCCUUUGCUAGAUCGAAACGUGUCUAUUGUUUUAGAAAAAUGUACGUUUAGGUCGAUUUAGACAGAACUGUACAAAUAUCAAGCUACUAUGAUUUUUACCAAUGUGGGAUGUGUGUAUGAAUAUAUGAUUCUAUUUAAAGUCUGAAUGUACUAAAGGUAAAGCUGUACAGGGUUGUGUGAUUCAUAAUGGUCUCUGUAAAAUAGCCUCAGUGGAUUGAUGUCCUUUGUGCUGCCUCAAAGCUGAGAGAGUGGCAGAACUUGAAGUGCCUUGUGCAGUGUUUCUCACCUCUGAAGCUAAGCAGCAUGCAAGGUGUGCCUACCUAGGUCAAGUUAAAAACACCACUUCAUAUACAUGAAAUAAACAGGCAUGCUUUUAAUUUA